AGUAGAAUGCUAGAAUUGAAUCUAUAGCCAAUUUCCUGAACUUCACCUUCUUUAUUCAAAAUUUCAAACCUACAAAAAAAAACACCUUUAAUAUCUAGCACAAACACUUUUUAGCACUCUAGUGUGAAAAUUGCAGAUGCUUGCUAAUACACUGCUUGAGUUCUUGAGGAUAGUUUUUUUCAGUCACAGGCUGCCUGUUAUAAUUAUAGGGGUGGUAGACAGAAAUUAAAAAGGCAGCGAGGGACCAUUGAAAACCGAUAGGUCGAAGAAGCAACAGAUAUUUAUCACUCUCCCUCUACGUUUCAUCUAUUUUAUAAAAAAAAAAUUCUAGUUUUCAGUUUUUUCAGUUCUUCGGAAGGAGGAGAAGAAGAGGGAAUAUAAAAAAGACGGGAGUUAACCGAAAACUGCGGGAUAUUAGUUGAUUGGUUGGUUAUUAAUUCGAUCCUAAUAAUAAAAUUAAAAAGAAAAAAAAAAGAAGAAGAAGAAAGAUUAAAGAAAAGACACCUGAAACUUCCGGUGGAUUAUUAUUGACAGCGAGUAAGGGAUUGGGAUUUGUUGUUGAUCUACUUCAAUGUAUCCCAAAGGACUUUUGACUUAGACGCUUGGAAAUGACGGGUGUCAUGCUUGGUAAUGGGUUACUUUCAGCAUAUACACUGUAGACGGGUAGCAAAUCUCAUUCGUUUGGACCCCAAUCACACAUAGAAAUGGGAGCACUAGACGAAAGAUCAGUACUUCAAUUUGAUGAUGAGAAUCUUUCAAGUCCAUCAGUUCGUUCAAUUGAUAGAACGACAGAUUCCUUAGAUGCAUUGCACCCCAAAGCAAGUUCACAAGCUAAUUUUACAUGUAUGGGAAAUCCAGUACUCCGGAGCUUAAAGAUCGUGAUCUUUUCGAACAAAUUAAACAUACUUAUGCCUUUUGGCCCUCUGGCAAUCCUAAUACAUUAUCUGACUGGCAAUCAUGGAUGGGUAUUUUUUCUGAGCUUAGUAGGAAUAACACCUUUGGCUGAGCGUCUGGGUUUUGCUACAGAGCAGCUAGCUUUCUUCACUGGACCGACAGUUGGGGGUCUGUUAAAUGCUACUUUUGGAAAUGCCACUGAAUUGAUAAUAUCAAUUUAUGCAUUGAAAAAUGGAAUGAUGCGCAUCGUACAACAAUCAUUACUGGGCUCAAUUUUAUCAAAUAUGUUGCUGGUGCUUGGAUGUGCGUUCUUUAGUGGUGGUGUCGUUUUCUUCAAGAAGGAACAAGUUUUUAACAAGACAGCUGCUACAGUUAACUCAGGAUUGCUCCUGAUGUCAGUUAUGGGCAUACUAUUUCCAGCUGCACUCCAUGCUACACACACUGAGGCGCAUGACGGGAAAUCAGAACUGGCUUUGUCAAGAUUCAGCAGCUGCGUAAUGCUGAUAGCUUAUGGAGCCUAUCUCGUUUUCCAGCUGUUCAGUCACAAGCGUUUAUAUGAGGGAGAAGCUGGUGAUGAUGACGACGAUGAAGUUCCUGAGAUCUCUAAAUGGGAAUGUAUAAUAUGGCUUGCAAUUUUGACAGCUUGGAUCUCAGUCCUCUCUGAAUACUUGGUUGAUGCCAUAGAGGGAGCAUCUGUUGCAUGGAAAAUGCCGAUUGCAUUCAUUAGCGUUAUCCUGCUACCCAUUGUGGGAAAUGCUGCAGAGCAUGCAAGUGCUAUUAUAUUUGCUAUGAAAGACAAGCUAGACAUUUCUCUGGGAGUUGCCAUCGGGUCCUCAACGCAGAUAGCAAUGUUUGCGAUUCCAUUUUGCGUGAUUGUUGGCUGGAUCAUGGGGCGCCCAAUGGACCUAAAUUUCCAAGUUUUCGAGACAGCUACAUUAUUUAUAACAGUCUUAGUUGUAGCCUUUUUGCUUCAGGAUGGAACUUCCAACUACUUCAAAGGGCUGAUGCUCAUUCUUUGUUAUUUCAUAGUUGCUGCCAGUUUCUAUGUACAUGUAGACCCUUCUUCAAUCGAGGAUAAGAAGCCUUCCAAGGCAUAAAGCAUUAAGGAGGUAGAUCAUGUAUCAAUGAGAUAUUGGAUCCAAACAAGUAGUCGCUUGUGGCCCAUUUACAUUGCUGUAUAGUAUUUCAACGAUUCUCCUUUGCUGCUGCUGUCCAGGAUGGGUUGUAGUUUAGUUCAUUUUUCUCACGAGGUUACUGACAUGGCCAAAAAUCUGCUUAUACUUCUCUGGCACACCAUAUGCGAGGAGAAGAUGUCAUCUUUUUUAAUAUAGACCCCUUAAUCACCUGUAAAUUUUGGGAGGAAGAAAAGUUAGAGAAAUUUGAACUGUAAGAAAAAUGUGAUGUGAGAAAUCAAUUUUUCUCGUUCAAAUCCUAUGUGAACUAUUGAACUAUUGCUACUGGCAUAUUUUUAGGAUAGUAGAUAAAAAAACAAGAAGACACUUGCAAUUUACAAAUACUACUUGUCUAUACAUAUAUAGGGUCGGGGUGCAGCCUAAUUCAGCAGCAUUCAUUUCAAGGAAAACCUUAGUUGCACAAGCGGCCUGUUUUUUUUUUUCCCACCAAAAGCUGGUUGCUUGAAUUGAUAUCCUCUACGUUCACUUUGUUUGUACACUUUUUAGGGAUUCAGCCAUCCGCAAUUUGAUGGCAAUUUUUUACUGUAGGACAUCAUAAACUUGAUGAGGUGGCUAAAAUGUAAAGAUGAAAGACUUUCAGUUCUUCUAAAUUCUUUUUAAUUUUUCUCUGAA